AUGGACUGGGCGGGAAGCUGGUCCCAGUCGUCCUGGACGCAGGACCGGGCGCCGCCGUACGGCUGGAAGGGCCUUCCGGAGACAGACCCUGGAAGUAUUUCGGCCACAAACCGCCGGAAGCCUUCAGGACGCUCCACCCACAGCUCAUCUCACCUGACGCACAGGUUUCGGCUUAUGGAUUCCUCACCAGGAACUACGCCGACUCUUCCGAGGCCGCUGCGCUUCUGCGCCAACCACGACCUGCAGCCGGAGGGCGGCCUGUGGGGGGCGCUGCGCUGUUCCAGGGAGGAAGAGGAGGAGGGAGAGGAGGGAAAGUUGGAGCAGCGGGACCACCAGAACCCUUUUAAAGGAGCCGAACUGGACCUUCAGUCCGGAACCGUGAAGAACCAACAGCCGCUGCCUUCUGGGUCCAGCUCCUGUCGGACUUUUCCCGCGGCUCUUCCAGGGAGUUUGGUGGAUUUAAAGUUUCAGCCUGAAGGAUCUGAUGUCAGGGCGAGAAGCCGAAGCGGACCGGGACGUUUCGGACCCGUCAGAAUCAGCUGGGAGUCCGGAUCCACUGAUCCAGAGCUGCUGGGCUCCACCAAGAGGCUGAACGUCAACUACCAGGACUCGGACGGCUUCUCGGCGCUGCACCAUGCUGCCCUCACCGGAACCACGGAGCUGCUGGCGGCGCUGCUGGAGGCUCAGGCCGCCGUCGACAUCAAAGACACCAACGGAAUGCGGCCGCUGCAUUACGCCGCCUGGCAGGGGAAGGCCCAGUCCGUCCUGACGCUGCUCCGGUCCGGAGCGUCUGUCAACGGCGCCUCCAUGGACGGACACAUCCCGCUGCACCUGGCGGCCCAGUACGGGCACUACGAGGUGGUGAAGGACCUGUCCCUUUGUUCUCUGUCCCCCUGUCCCUCUGCCCUCCUGUCAUCUGUCCCUGUCCUCCUGUCCCUCUGUCCCCUUGUCCUCUGUCCCCCUGUCCAGGUGGUCCAGCUGCUCCUGAGCAGCAACAUGGUGGCGGCGCUGUUGGAGGAUGAGAGAAAGGAGCCCACAGACUCCGCCUACACCACGCCGCUGCACCUGGCGGCUCGCAAUGGACACCAAGACGUCAUACGGCUGCUGCUGAAGGCUGGCAUCGACAUCAACAAGACCAGCAAGUCUGGAACGGCGCUGCAUGAAGCUGCGCUGUACGGCAAGACGGAGGCGGUGCGACUGCUGCUGGACGCUGGCGUGGAUGUGAACAUCAGAAACACCUACAACCAAACGGCGCUGGACAUCGUCAACCAGUUCACCACGUCCCACGCCAGCAAGGACAUCAAGCAGCUGCUCAGAGGUCAGAGCCUCCACGUGCACGCUCUGUGCACGCUCUGCCUCCACGUGCACGCUCUGCCUUCACGUGCACGCUCUGCCUCUACGUGCACGCUCUGCCUCUACAAAUUCUGGUUAAAACCAAACCAGACAGUCUGGUUGCAGGAGCCUGGUUCUGGUUCUGCUUGUCAGCCCAAAUCUCCUGCUCAGCCUGAAGGUGUUUUCAUGCCAGCUGCUCGGUGUCGCCCCCUACAGGUGUUGGAGCAGCACCUGGACGGGCGCUGGAAGGGCCACAUCCACGACAGCCAGCGGGGAACGGACCGGGUCGGCUUCUUCCCUCCGUCCAUCGUGGAGGUGAUCAGCAGGCGGAACGGGGGCGCCCUGUCCCGGCACGCCUCUCUGCCCACCCAGCGCCAGCAGCACCCGUCUAGACCCCCCCUCUCCUCCAGCCUAAGCUCCGCCCCCCACACCGACGACUCCUACAGUCUGUAUGCCCCGCCCACCCACCUGGUUCUGCCCAACGGCCUGGCGACCUGCGCAGGUUCGUCUUCGAGCCUCCUGUCUCAGUCUGGGUGUCCCUUUGAGGACGUCUGGGUCCUCAGGGACUCGUUCCACGCCGGGGACAGGAACAGCGUGGGCAGCACUGGCAGCGUGGGCAGCACCCGCAGCGCUGGCAGUGGCCAGAGCACCGAGAGCAACAGCGCCCCCAACGGGCAGCAGCACACCACCAGUCACCAUGACAACAAGCUGGCGCCCCCUGCUGCUGAUCCAGGAGCCUCUGCUGACCCCAGCAAACAGGCGGAGAGUCCUGCAGGUGGCGCCCCCCGCAGGCAGACGGUGACGGUGCAGCGCCCGGCAGAGCCCAGCUUCACGCAGCAGUUCGUCCGUCCGCAGCAGCUGCUGGAGGGGAAGGAUGCGGACGCCAUCUUCCAGUGGCUGAGCGACUUACAGCUGCAGCAGUACACCGGGAACUUCCUGAACGCCGGCUACGACGUUCCCACCAUCAGCCGGAUGACUCCUGAGGACCUGACCGCCAUCGGCGUCACCAAACCGGGGCACCGGAAGAAGAUCUCCAUGGAAAUCAACAACCUGAACAUCCCGGAGUGGCUUCCGGAGUACAUCCCUUCGGACCUUGGCGAGUGGCUCAGCGCCAUCGGCCUCCCACAGUACCACAAGAAGCUGUCAGAGAAUGGCUACGACUCCAUCAGCAUCGUCAAAGACCUGACGUGGGAGGACCUGCAGGAGAUCGGCAUCACCAAGCUGGGCCAUCAGAAGAAGCUGAUGUUGGCGGUGAAGAAGCUGAGCGACAUCCAGAGGGCCAUCUUGCAGGCGGACACCGGCGCAGGGACGCUGCGGCGUAAGGCGCCCGGAGUGCUCCACCUGGUUGCCAUUGAGUCUCCAGAUGCCAGCAGCGAGUGUUCCUCUCCUCACACCCCCAUCAUGGUGACCUUCCAGGACAGCGAGCUGAGCGCAGAGCUGCAGACCGCCAUGGCGAGUCACUACGGAGGCUGCGACGAAAGCCUGGCCAUCAAGAACGCCGUGGGGAUGUCGCAGAGCCAGGAGAACAUUGACACCCGGUGCAGAGGCUCCGGCCGGUCUCAGGAGCCUCCCACUGCCUCAAUCGGUCGCCGCGGCUGGUCACAGGAGAGCCUGGAGGGAAGCCCGGCCCGGGAGAGGAACCUGCCUGAGGGCUGGGACCAGCGGCCGCUGCAGCAUCAGCCGCUGCCCAAGCAGGUGCCUCUGGGGACGGCCACAGUCUUCAAGUACCCGGCCAUACCGGCCAAACCCAAACUGCCGCGCGGUGCCUCCCCGGCUCUGAAAGGCUUCAGCUACCUGCAUUCCCAGUGCGGCUCCACCAACCUGAACCCGACAGCCCGUCCCGAGCACCACCGGACCCUGACGCCCCCCAACCGGCGCACCCAGAGCAAGACCCGCUACGCUCUGUCGGACGGAGAGCCGGACGAGGAUGACGACGACCUCACAGUUCUGCCGGCCGACGUUCCAUCCUACGCCACCCUGACUCGGAAGCCCGGCCGCAGCCAGCCGGGCCGGUCGCAGUCCGGCUCAGACAGGAACGGCAAUGUGGGCCGAAGUCAGUCGUUUGCCGUGCGUGCCCGCAAAAAGGGCCCCCCUCCUCCGCCACCGAAGAGGCUGAGCUCAGUGAGCAGCACAACCAGCAGUGAACUGAGCGACAGCAGCCCCACCUCGUCCUCUGGGGGCGUGGUCACCGACAGCCCAGGGAGCGUCAGCAGCAUCACUGCCUCUUUGGAGACCAGCCCAGGGCCCAGACACAGCGUUGCGUCAGAGGCCAGGGAGACCACAGAGCUCAGGAGGAAGGUCCACAGCGAAUGUCUUCCCAGUGAAACCAGCAGCACCGCAGAGAUCGACCGAGGGUUGAAGUCCGACUCUGAGGAGGAGGAACCGAAGGCUCAAGGCCUGGAUGGGUCAUCGUCUCCCCAGAACAGCUCCAGCGAGUGCAUCCCCUUCGCCGAAGAAGGCAACCUGACCAUCAAACAGAGACCCAAAGCUCCAGGCCCCCCCAGAGCUGAGGCCGUGCUGGAACCACCAGACAAACCAGGGGCCAAAGCUCUGGAGGUUCCCGAGUUCAACCUGAAGGAGUCCGACACGGUGAAGAGGCGCCACAAACCCAAGGAUCUGACCGGCGAGGGUUCCCCGGUCAGAUCCGGAGCCUCAGGGUCCGAGUCCGGUGGCAGCAGGCCCCCAUCCAGGAACCAGGACCAGCUGGACCUGAGAAUCAGCGAGGCCAGUCUGGAGAGGCCCAGCAGCCCAGCGACAGGAUCUCCUCUGAAGCCUUCUCUCUCACCAAAACCCGCCAUCACCCCGAAACCUGUUCGCCACAGUCUGCUGGCCGCUCAGGGAGGACGGUCCUCUCCCACGUUGACAGUCAGUGUGGUCCAAAGCGUGGCGUUUGCCUCCUCAGCAGCCUCCGGGCCGACAGCUCUGGGUCCUCCGGCCCCUCGCAGCCCCUCUCUGGCUGCCAGGAGACCCGUGGGGAGUCCUCUGUCCUCUGAGUCGUCUUCUGAGACGGAAGAGGUCCAGCAGAGAUUGGACCAGACCAGCAGCUCUCUAGCAGCGGCUCUGAAGGCCGUGGAGACGAAGCUGAACCAGGACGGCAGCGAGGGCAGGGGGAGCUCUGUGAGGUCAGCAGGGACCAUCUUGGACGACAUCGGCAACAUGUUCGACGACCUGGCCGACCAGCUGGACGCCAUGUUGGAUUAAAGAUUUAACGUCAGGAUCGCCAGCUUCGGGCUGCUGUCGGAGAACAGCGGCGCUGAACUGGAUCUGCUGCUGCAGCGCCUUUCAGCCGGAGCCACGACUACUUUAGAUAUUUCACCUGGAAGUUUAAUGUCUUUAUGAUUCUGCAGCCAGAAAACCUUCAGUCUGUUUAGAUCCAUGAUCAGGUCCAGAACGGUUCUGCUGGGAUCCAUCAGCUCAUUUGUUUCAGUAACAAACAUGUUAAAGUUAUGUUGCUUCUUUGAGGAAGAGGCUGCGGUGUGGCGCCAUCUGGUGGCCACCGCUGGCAUUGCACCAACAUUUAAAACGGAGGUCAUGUUGUGGCUCUGCAGCUCUGCUGGGUUCUUUAAGCUCCCGGUUCUGGUUCCAGGUCCAGAACUUCACAUCAUGUUUUAUCAAAUGUGGAACCAUCCAGAACCGGCCUUGACCCGGUAAAACCCAGCCGAGUUCUGGAGAAUUUUAUUAAACCCGAGUUUGAACUGAACCCAAAGUCCUACAAGGCCGUCAGGAGGGAGCUGGUGAAAGGUCAAAUGAACGGUUCUGGAGCAGAACCGAAGGUCCAGAACCGGACGGGGUUCUGGCUGGAGCCGAACUAUUCUCCAGCUCUCCGUGGAUUCAGCCCCUUCUGGAUUUUCUUCCAGCUUUGUAAAAAGAUCAUUGGGAACAUUAGCUUAGCAUGCUAGCUGUUGCUCAGCAACAAAUGUAUGAUUUCUGUUUAUAAGUUACUGAAUGUUCAAAUGUCAAGACGUUCAGAAGCAGAAUCUCAUUGGAUGAAGUUUAUCGUUUUAAGGUUUUCUCUGCGUUCAUUUCCCGCUCGGUGAGGCGGUUCGGUAUCACUGACCCGUUCGGACCUUCAGAACCAGAACCAGGAUGACUUCUCCUGGUUCUGGUUCAGCGGUGCUGUUGGACCGCCGGGUUACUGAACAGGUGUUCGGUCAUACCCGUAAACCCAGCAUACUUUAUGGUAAUGCGCAUGCGCACAUCGAUGCUACGUCACAUACUGCUUACUCAGCAGAUUUUUUAUAAAUCCGUCAAACCUGCAGAAGUUUCAUUUUGUGUGUUUCGUUUCUCAGAAGUUUACGGUAAAUGUUGUUUAAUUAAGUUGCUAUGGUAACCAACAUAUUAACAUAAAUGACUUUCGCUGAUUCCAGUAUUAUUACCAAACUGUAAACAAGACAUUCGUCCCGUUUAGCGUCACUAUUACUGUUUAACUACAGAUUUGGUCGGGAUAUUUUGUCCCUAUAGCUAAUCUACCUUUUUAAUAUUUUAAUAUUAUUUUAGAAAACUGAAUAUGUCCUAAAACAUCAUGAAUAUCUGGACGCUGACCGAAGCUGUUUCCAGCAGAACAUCAUCUUUCUGGACGCUGCGUGGAAAUAACUACAUUUUUCUUAGUUUAUUUUUUUUAUUUACCGUAAACUUCUGAGAAAUGUGUCUUUCUGAUCUGACCCGGAUGCACCUCUGCUCCAUCAGAACCGAGCCGGGCCCGUCAGAAUUAUUUUGUGGAUUUGAAAACUAUUUAAAUCUAAAUAUGUUUGUUAACCAUCAGCACAAACGAACCAAAGCUUUGUACAGAGUUUAUUUUUGGAAUAUUGUACUGUUGUUCCUCAAAUGUCCGGCAUACCUUCCUCAUCAUCAUCAUCUUCAUCACAGGAAGGAGUGUUUUUUUAAGUUUCUGUCUCCUAACGUUGAAAGGCUUUUAUUGUGAAACAGUCACUGGAAGUCACCAGCCAGUGUUGUCAUGUUGUCUGAAUUUUAACUUAACUCAUUACUCCGUUUAUAUUAUAUUUACUGUGUUUUUGUUGAAACGGGGUAAAACUAGAGGGCAGAGGUGUUGUUCAUGUUGUUGUCCAGCAGGGGCGCUAUUUAAAUUCAUGCAGGAAGUGUUGGCCAUCCAAUCAGAUAAUUGGGUUUCCGUCAGUCUGGGAGGAAUCAGCGUUGUAAAUAUUUAUUCCUAAAUAAGAGCAGUCAUUAUUUACACCUGUGUUCUCUUGUUGUUUUCAUGGUGGCAUUAAAAUCGCCGUUUUGCUUAAAUUUUCAUGGUGACACGUUUUUACUUGCACAGUUUUCAUAUCCGGUUAGACUUUGCGCAGACCAGCCCUGAGCUGCGCCACCACCCAGCCGCAGCCUGACAGGAAAUGAACACUGUCCCUUUAACUCCAGAAUAAAGGCUUAUUACAGGAAACCAGACAUUUUAAUUCAUAUUAAUCAUAAUAAUGUGUUUCUCCGUUACGAACCAGAAGGAAAGAACGUUCUUCCUGCAGUCCGGUUAUGUUCAGGUUUUAAGCCACGCCCACACUAUUAUUAAAGGAUUUUAUUUUAAUUUUCA